AACUUGCCCUGCAGUGAUUGUGCAGUAUAUUGGCUUAGGUCAUGUUUAUGUCUCUGUUGUCCUAUUAUCCUGUCCUGUUAUCAAGGCUUCACAAUAUGAUGUCAGUAACUCAUUAGUUAUACACACAGUGCUUUCGCCAAUAGUAAUACAGCUGCUUUUCUUUUUGUUUAACGUUGACUCUGGUGGCGCUGAGCUGGUACAGUGAUUGACAGGGCAGAGACAGAUCCCCCUCCAGCAGGAUGUGCAUUUUCUUAUCACUUCCUCCAAGGCCUCUUGGCACAUGUAGCCAUGUUCAUAAUAUUGGGGAGUAGUUUUUGCCAAAGCAACCAACUGGAAGAUGGUUAAACAAGAAGGCACACCAUGGGAUGGCUUAUGGUCUAUAAACUCCAGCGUUUGGGAAAAGCUUUACCACUGCUCUUAAUUUGGCAGCCGUCGGGCAAAACUCCCUGACGCUUGCUCCUCAAUAUUCUGCAGCCGCCUGUGACAAAGUUUACCGAGCUGAACACGAAAGAGACAAAUACGGUUGUAGAGACAAAGAGGAAGACUGACAGACUGGAACAGUGUGUGCGACAGUAAAAGGUGCGAGUGUUUGUGAUGGGAACUUCCUCCCUCGACUGUCCUCCCAUGACACAAUCACUCUUCCCUUAAGUCAUACCAUGCGGUUUGGCAAGCAGGUAUUUUGUCUAAAAUGACGUCAAGCAGCUGAGUCUGUGUGAUGAAAGCGCAAAGAAAGCAAAAAAGAGGAAAAAAUAACCAUGUGGAAGAAUGACCAGCUGGUUUAUAUUGGCCUGGAGCUGGUGAUCGCUUGCCUGGCUGUGGCUGGGAAUAUUCUGGUCUGCUGGGCUGUCUGCCUCAACUCCAACCUGCAGAGCAUCACCAACUUCUUUGUGGUGUCACUGGCAGUGGCUGAUAUUGCUGUGGGGCUGCUGGCAAUUCCCUUCGCUAUCACUAUUAGUACCGGAUUCUGUGCCAACUUCUUCGGCUGCCUGUUCAUCGCUUGCUUCGUCCUCAUACUCACCCAGAGCUCCAUCUUCAGCCUGCUGGCCAUCGCUGUAGACCGCUACAUCGCCAUCAAGAACCCUCUCAGGUACAACAGCCUGGUGACAGGGGAGAGGGCUAAGGGCAUCAUCACAUUGUGCUGGGUUCUCUCAGUAGGCAUCGGCCUGACACCGAUGCUGGGCUGGAACAGAGGUUGGAACACCACCACCGCAGCUAGCAGCAGCUGCCCUGAAGGCCUGACGGAGUGUCUGUUUGAAGAAGUGGUUACCAUGGACUACAUGGUCUAUUUCAAUUUCUUUGGCUGUGUUCUGGUGCCCCUGUUGGUCAUGCUGGUCAUCUAUGCCCAUAUCUUCAUGGCUGCACGGCGCCAGCUCCAACUGAUGGGUCUCAAAGUUGCACACACACCUGCUCCUGGAGAAAUAACCUCAUCGUCGAGCGCAUCUCGUUCAACCCUGCAGAAGGAAGUGCGUGCUGCCAAAUCGCUGGCCAUCAUUGUAGGUUUGUUUGCUCUGUGUUGGCUUCCGCUGCACAUCAUCAACUGUUUCAACUACCUGUGUCAGGACUGUGAGCGCCCACAUAUCUGGGUGAUGAACAUUGCCAUCAUCCUCUCCCAUGCUAACUCUGUUGUGAAUCCCUUCAUCUACGCUUAUCGCAUUCGGGAGUUCAGACAGACCUUUCGGAGGAUCCUGCAUCAGCACAUCCUAGGGCAGAGGGAUGGACAUGGGUUUGUGAUUGGGAGUGGUGAUAGCAGGGGUGUUGGGAGCAGCAGUAUCACGCGGACUUCUUCCCAUACCAGUAAAGAGGGUUCAUCGUGUGGCACAGUAGUUAAUAGCUAUGUCCUGGACCCCAGUCCUGACCAAACUCCACCAAACACUACUCAUGAAGCCUCUUGUCAAUGGGCAGCAAAGUUUGAUGGUGCACCAAGCAGCUACAUACCCAACGGACACCAAAUAAAGUGUAGCACCCUUUCAGCAAUGCAAGAGCAGCCACACAUCAUGGGAUUUGCUGUUCAGGAUGGAGUAGAGUCGGUCACAUAUCUGAAGGGAACAACAGAUGUUUUGGAGGUGAAAGACAGUGGAAGUUGCAUUGCUUUUGUCAAUGUUCAUGCUCUCUCCCUAAAACAGACUGAGUUAGUCUGCUCUACAGAGCUUACAGAAGUCUCAUAACAAAAAUAUUUAGGUAUUCAAAAUAUAUUUUUAUUACCAUAAAACAUAUAACUGUGCAAACAUGACAAUGUGAAGAAGGAUUAACCGAGCCUCAUCAUAUCAACAAAAACAGCAAAUCUGUUUCUCCUUCUGUUAUUCGGAUGUCAUGUAAACUGGUUACCAGGCAAUAUUUUGUCCUGCUUUAUUACUUUGUUCUCAUCAACCAUCUCUGAGUUGCAUCCGAUCCACAAGCGCACAACAGAAUUUGUCACAAGCAGUUGGAUGUUUAAAAUGGGCUGAUACUUAAAUUUUCUUGACAUACAGUGCAAUAACAUCUACGGCAGUGUGUUGUCAUUAAACAAUGCAUCUUAAUGUGCAGAAAACAAUGCUUUCUCGAAUGUACUGUAACUUGCAAUACGUUUUUAAGAGUCUUUAAACUUUUAAAUUGUUGAAUUGCAUUUUUUUUGAUAAUGUUGCAUCAGAUCAACUUUUUUAAUGGUCAUCUGUAUUGUUUUUACCCACUGCAGGAUUAAAAGUCUUAAAUACUUAUUAGUUCACUGUUUGUCAUCAGCUGAGGUCACUUUCUACUACAAUACUGAAUGACUUUCAGUCACACCCAACUAUCAAUCAGCAGUCUUACCAUGAACCUAGCUAUAUGUACCUACAUACAACUCCAUACGACUCCAUACUGCUAUAGAUGAAGCACGUACAGACAGAAGUACGUCCUACUAAGAGCUGUAACUAAUGGUCUGAAUGAACCAUAAACGGCCCUCUCUGAUAACUUGGGGAAGACAUUGUUUGAAGGCAAGCAUAAGUGGUGCAUCAUCUCUUGGUGUAAAGAUCUGUUAAAAAAUGUAUCUCUCAAAGUGCUGGAUAGCUACAGAACAUUUGAUGUUGCUAGUUUGAUCAGUGAUUUGAUAACUGCCAGGCAACACAUGUCUGUUGCUGUUUCAACAACUAUGUGACAUAUGCUUCAAAGGCACCCGAUGUAUACAGGGCAGUUACCAACCAUCCAAAACAAAGGGCUUGUUUGACCUAUUCAAAUAUAACUCCAUAUGCCUGUAGUGGGGCAACUUUCUGAGUCAGGUUUGCACAGAUAGACAGCAUGAAAAACACACGUACACACACAAAAUCCCCACCGUGAUAUAAGAACAUGAAACACACACACACACACAAGUUAAGUACAUACACAUGACCACAGACUACUCAGCAAGAGGUGUUUACAGAGUAGACUGGCUGCUGACGCCAGUCAAUGAGCCUAAUGCAAUGGAAAUCAAAUGAAGGUUCUUUUAAUGAUGUCUUUUAUUAUGCCAUUACGCUUUCUCUUUCCUCAUUAAAAAGCUCCAUUGUAGGAAUGACGUGCAUUAAGCAAUAUUUACGUGCCUUAAAGCAAUCCCAGAGACAUGUCUCCAGGAAUAAACAUACAUGGGUAUGUCUCUAGCUGAUGUAUGUUUAUUCAAAAACUAUGCAUAUCAGUUGUGUAUUAUACUUUGUGGUUUGGAAUAAGCCACUUCAUUUUAAUGCUUUGUUUUUGUGCUAUUUUGAUAAACAUGAGAUAAGGAGUAGUUAAAUUCUGUAUUCAAUAUGGGUGAUUCAUAUUUGAGUAAUUUCAAGACAAGAAAAACAAAACUAAACCACAAAUAAACAAGGGAAUGUUGAAGAUACAUACCUUAGAACCCGCUGAAUCUGCAUUGUAACACCAUCAUUUGUCUUGUAAUCACACACACACACAGCAGCAGCAGCAGCAGGGUCCAUGAUGGUAUGAUGUCCUGAAAGAAAAACAAUCCAGUGGGCAUCUUUAUAGUAGUAGCCAUUCAGUCAUAAAUUAGUAUAUGGGAAGCAUGACAUUGGCACGCAAAUUUUUGUUUUGUUUUAGAAAAAACAAGCAAAUUAGCAGAGACUCAAUAACAGUUUCUAGAAGCAACAGCAAUGUGUGAUUUUCUUUGUGUUCUCUUUCAGGCUGAUGCAGUAGAGACAUAGACCCACAACAUACACAAAACUUUGGGUGUCUAAUAUCUAGUGGAUAGACCUUGCUUCGGUGAGAGACCACACUGGGGAAAAAUAAAAAAGUGCACACCUUAUGUAGGCCUACCUGUUUUAAUAAAAGUCUUGAUGUAUAGCAUGUGUGAUGGUAGUGUAUGUGUGUGGGAGAUUGUUGUUUUGCAUUGAUGUUUAUGUAUAGACUGCAUAAACGCUUGCAAUUUUAACUUCAGUCCUCUUGUGAAUAAAUCUAUGCAAAAUCA